CGCUUGUUUACCUUUUUACUUCCGCGUCUAUCUGAAAGGAGGACGUAGUGUCGUGAGACGCUUUCAACUGUCGUAAAACGCGUCGUUUUCCAGCUCUGCUACACGCUAGGUUGUUUUCACUAGAAGGGACAUGGCUUCAGCUCCAGCACAGCAGCCCACCCUCACUGUUGAGCAGACCAGAGUGGUACUGAGUGAAGUGAUCCAGGCCUUCUCGGUACCAGAAAACGCUGCGAGGAUGGAGGAGGCUCGAGAAAGUGCCUGCAACGACAUGGGCAAGAUGCUGCAGCUUGUGCUCCCUGUGGCCACCAUGAUUCAACAGGAGGUUAUCAAAGCGUACGGCUUCAACAAUGAAGGAGAGGGUGUCCUAAAAUUUGCCAGAUUGGUGAAGAUGUAUGAAACUCAGGACCCUGAAAUCGCAGCCAUGUCGGUUAAACUGAAGUCUCUCCUCCUGCCGCCGCUGUCAACUCCACCUAUAGGAGGCGCCAUUCCAGCUUCAUAGGACUUCUUUACAUUCAUCGGUCAACUGCAAGGUUACUCUCAUCAACGUGAACAUACUGUCAUUCCAAUAUCUCAUCUAUCAUAUUUUCAAACUCAUUACACUAAUACGUUCCAACAUGCCUUAUCUGCAUUGUGGUUCCAUUUAAAACAGCUUUUGCAAAACCUUGUUAAAUUAUUGCUUUUUUAAAUGUUUCAGUAUUUAUUUGUUAUAUUAUGACCAUUUUCUAAUGUCAUUGAACCUUAAACACCUCCUUUAAUGCCAUCCUUUUAUAAUUUUAAGUAUACCAUUUUUAUAUGCUCUGUCAAAUGUCAUUCUCUUGUUAUAUAUUAAAAUGUUUUCUGUGACUCUCUGUGUGUGGUAUUAAUAGAGAAAAUGUGGGGCAGGAAAAGCAACGUCGAUAUACAUAACUUUAUUAUUAUUGCAAUAAGGCUUUGGCAACAACAUAUAUGUUUAUACAUACGUGUUUUUAAAAAUACUGAAGCGCUUACACACAUUUACAUAUAUACAUUUCCUCAAAGGCAACUUUCUUUAAAUGGAUACUGUAGUAUUUAAGGUUAAAACAUUACUAUUCUAACAUAUAAACCUGGGUUCAUGUCUGCCCCCUUUCUUUGUUUUGUGGCUUUUAGCUUUGGGGUGCAUGCAGACAUGAUGACAACAGAGGUUCAUGAUAAAAAUAACUUUUAGUGGAGAUAGAUAAAA